AUGUCUUAUCAAUCUAGUGUAGCGCAGGAUACUUUAUCUGCAGCACAGUUAGAGAUGGCCGGUAACCCCAACGCAUUGGCUUUGCGACGGCCAUUCGAUCCAGUGGCUCAUGACUUGGAAGCCAGUUUUCGCUUGACGAGAUUCGCAGAUUUAAAAGGGCGAAGCUGUAAAGUACCUCAAGAUGUUCUAUCUAAACUUGUUGAGUCACUUCAGCAGGACUAUUCUCAACAAGAUCAGGAUCAGUUUAUGCAUGUGGCUAUCCCGCGAAUCGGCAUUGGUUUGGAUUGUUCAGUGACGCCGCUCAGACAUGGCGGGCUUUGUUUGGUGCAAACUACUGACUUUUUUUACCCCUUAGUGGACGACCCCUACAUGAUGGGUAAGAUAGCAUGUGCUAACGUUCUUAGCGACUUAUACGCGAUGGGUGUGACGGAAUGUGACAAUAUGCUGAUGUUGCUCGGAGUAUCCACUAAGAUGACUGAAAAGGAACGUGAUGUGGUAAUCCCACUUAUAAUGCGAGGAUUUAAAGAUUCCGCUCUAGAAGCAGGCACGUCUGUCACUGGUGGUCAGACUGUAAUUAACCCUUGGUGCACGAUUGGAGGGGUAGCAACAACUAUUUGUCAGCCCAAUGAAUACAUUGUGCCAGAUAAUGCAGUAAUGGGUGAUGUAUUAGUUCUUACAAAACCCUUGGGUACCCAAGUUGCAGUAAAUGCACAUCAAUGGCUGGACCAACCUGAACGCUGGAACAGGAUUAAAUUAGUAGUAUCUGAAGAAGAUGUACGAAAAGCAUAUCACCGUGCAAUGGAUUCUAUGAGUAGGCUGAACCGUAUCGCGGCCAGACUUAUGCAUAAAUAUAAUGCUCAUGGCUCUACUGAUGUUACUGGAUUUGGUCUUCUAGGACAUGCUCAAAAUCUUGCUUCUCAUCAGAAGAAUGAAGUAUCGUUUGUCAUUCACAAUUUACCAGUUAUUGCUAAGAUGGCUGCUGUUGCUAAAGCUUGUGGUAAUAUGUUUCAACUUUUACAAGGUCACGCACCAGAAACUUCCGGAGGAUUAUUAAUCUGCUUACCUCGUGAACAAGCGGCUGCAUACUGUAAAGACAUCGAAAAGCAGGAAGGAUAUCAAGCCUGGAUUAUUGGAAUUGUAGAGAAGGGAAACCGCACUGCUAGAAUUAUUGACAAACCUCGAGUUAUUGAAGUGCCUGCUAAGGAUUAAAUUAUAACAUUCUGUUCAUAUGAGACAUUUACAAUGAAUAUAAUAUAAUAUAGUUUAAUGUUAUUUCAGAGCCGGAUAAAUCUUAAUAUGGUUUUAAAAACAAUUUAUCAUUGUCAUAGCUAAUGGCAAAAAUAUUUUUUGUUUUUAAUGCAUCAUUCUCUUGUCACUAUUAAUAUGGCGUUGUAAAAUUAGCAAGUUCUAAUGACAUGUUUUAGGUUUAUAAGUAAGAUAUCACUAUUACCUUUAAGAAAAAAUUAUUCCAUUAGGUUUCCCUCUUAAUCUGACAUGACUUUGUGGAUUGAUUCUGCAAAUUGUGGAAUAAGUAUAAUUGAUUAGAAUAAAAUUAUUUUUCAUUC